AUGCUGGAAGCACCGCCGAUCUUCCGGCCGCCACCACCAAGACGGCCGCCGAAAGUCGGCACCGCCAUCCAGCGGUCCGACAGGACGAACCAGCGGAAGCUGGCCAUGUUGGCCACACCGUUGCCGCCACUAACCGCCUGCCACCGUCGCCGAACAACACCGGCACCGAUGAGGCCGCCAGCCAAGCGACCAAGGUCGCCACCGGGCCAGGAUCCAGCACCAGAGGAGCGAGCAACGGGGGAAACACCACCCGCCCCCCCCAUGCCCCGAAAUCCUGGUCCCGAUAGGUCCCGCGGCGCCACCGCCGAUCAUGGUGGAACUCGAGCCGGGACUAGUAGCGCCGAUCCCGCAUUUCGCGGUACACGUGUCCCGGCGAUAUAA